AUGUCGAAGCGAACAAAAAUUGAGGGCAAACCAUUCGAAAUUGAAGACGAAUCAAGGAUAACCCGCUCCCAAUCUCGUCAAAAAUCGCAAUUUCAACCUCCCGAGCGGAAGGUUGUACAAAAAAAGCUCCAAUUUCAGAAAAUGGAGGCUCCGAAUCGUGGCAAAAAUUCUAUUCCGAAGGCCGCGGACGGUGAGUCGAACGUCGGCGACGAUUUUGUCUCCGAACUGUUUAUUGGAAGUGUUUCUUGGGAGAGGAUGAAGGAAUGGGAGUUGCUCAUACCCAAUCCAAGAACGAAGCACAUCAAAAUUCUAAAUAGCAACGACAACAGCAAAGAAGAUUCCACAAUAAGCCAGAUUAAAGAAUUAUUGACCGAGGGCCAACUCGAGAUGUUUAAGAAAACUGUGUUCGGCAAAUUCCUGGACAUACCUCACUGUAAAAUCCAGACUCAGCUAGUAAAUUUGAUUUUGUUACGUGAGGUACAUCAACGUAAGUCUGACGAGGUGUGGGUGAAUUUUGGUGGGAAGAUGCUCUGUUUCGGCAUAGAAGAGUUUGCGUUGAUAUCAGGAAUGCCAUGCAUUGUAUCCAGCGAGAAAUUAACCUUCCCCACAGUGACUGGCGGUCUCUACGACACAUACUUCUCCAGGUUUCGAUUGAGUAGGCAAGAGAUACGAAGUCAAUUCAUCUAUAAGGUCUGGAAGAACGAUGAAGACGCCGUGAAGUUUGCAAAGCUACACUUGUUAGCAAAUUUUUUACUUGGGGCCCAGGACACACUAUUGCUUGACAGACGCUAUCUCGACAUAAUUGAUAGCGAUGAGUGUGAGGAGUAUGCAUGGGGGAAAGAGGUUUUCGAAUUCACUGUUCAUUAUUUGAAGAAGACGUUGCCCAAUCGGCAGAAGAUGCAUACGAAAGGAGACAAAGAAAAGAGUGAAUAUCUAUUCAGAUGCUAUGGAUUUAUCCUAGCAUUACAAAUCUGGUUUUAUGAGAUCUGCGACACAGCUAAUGGUCUCAUUUGCAGACGCACUGUCGGUGAAGAUGUGCCUCGUAUGUUGAGGUGGGAGGUUAAGGAAACCCACAACAGAUCGAAACUUCAGAGACAUUUCAUGAACUUGCCACAUGACAAGAAAUCCAGUCUUAAUUUGAAUGGGUUCUUCAAGAAAAGAAACGAAUUUCUGGUAGAUGACGAUUCAUCACCGAAUGCUCCAACGCACAGCCAAUCAGGGAUCUUGAACAGAUUGGAUGAGUUGGGAAGAAAGCAGACAGAAAUGGCCAAUGAUCUUCAAGCGCUGAAGAAGCUGUUUCAAGAUUUCUCUGUCACUGUUUUGCAACGAUUGGAUCAGUUUGGUGGAAAUCUUGUUGCACCAUCACAUGAUCAAUUUGUAUCCGACGGUCCGAACAAUGACCAGGGCGUUGCCAAUGCAGGCCAUCCUCAGUCAAAGGAAGUCGAUGACCCAGUUGGACGAGAUACCGACUUGGAAAAUGAUCCAAACCUAACUGAUGAAGCAUUCAACCAGAAUGCUAUGAAGGGCAAGACUGAUGAAGCAAUCAACCAGAAUGCUAUGAACGGCACAUCCCACGACGUUGCUAUGAACCAAUGUGAUGGUGAUGAUGACAUCUUCUCUCCCAUGAAUACUCAAUUUUUUGCCGAAAUUGAUAAGGCCACUGAAGGAAUAACAAAAAGUCGAUCUACUGGCAAGGGAAAGGAAGUUGCAGGCUAUGGCCUUUCACUGAAUGAACGCAUAGGUCUCAUAUCCGAACCGAUCAUUGUGUCUCAACCAUCAUUUGACGCAAUAACGAAAGAUCUACUUCCAACACAACCUUCAAGAGAUGUGAACCAUACUAGUGUUAGUGAAAAAGGGGAAGUCCCCGUUCAAACAACUAAUAAUGAACCCAACGAUGUUUUAGGUGUGGCCAUACUUGCUAAGCCUAUGAAACCACCUGUGUUAAAUCCUGUUAUAGCCACUUCAUAUAAACGGAAUGUGAUUAAAAAUUCAAGUCCAUUCAAUGUUCCGUUCUGGACGAAUAUAUUUGAAGUUGACACAGAGGAUUUCAUGAGGUGGCUAAGAAUGGGUACGCUUCAGACUUAUCGAAAGAUCCGUGAACACGAAUUCAGGCCGCUGAAGCCGCCAUUCGACUUCAAUGUUCACCAUAUCACUGAUAAGAAUUGGUUUAUGACUCUGGUUGAACCUGGUUCCUUCCUUGAUGACACUCAUAUGGAUGUUUUAUUCUACUAUCUGAGGAAGCGUAGAGCAUAUGGUUCUAACAACAUCGUACGGUACACCACCACCGACGUUCUCUUUCAUCAGAGAAUCAAAUCUCUGUUUGACUUAUAUGUCUCGAGAGGGUACGAUACGGGUGUGUGUUCUUUGGACAACAUUGUUGUUGAUUACAUAAUGGGAUACAAGAUAAUUUGUGGAGAGUCGUGGUUUAAUGUUGAUCAUAUCCUCUUUCCAAUUCAUAUUGAUUUGAACGGUGUUGGCCACUGGGUACUGGGACGAUUAUCCAUUGGUGAGAGGAGGCUCGUUGUAUACAAUUCUUUGCGAUCUGAAGAGUUUGACAAGAUUGUCUACGACGGUGUUCGGUGCUAUUCUACUCUCAUUCCUAUUUUCCUCGGUAUGGUUCAUUUCUACUCCAAAAGGACCGACAUCAACAGUGUGGGAGAAGCAUUCGAUGGAAAAGGGGUGAAUGAUCCACUUGAUGUUAUUAUGGCUGAAAAUCUUCCCGAGCAGGAGCAAGGUGACUGCGGAAUAUUUGUUGCCUCAUUUGCCGAAUACUUCAUCACUAAGUUUGAUCUCCCGACCAACUAUCUUCCCGACACGGAGAGGAUGAGGUACGCAUACGAGCUAUACCAACAUGGUCGUAUGAAGCAAAAAUAUUCGUGUGAGAGCGAUGAUGAAUCCCCUGGGACGCUUGAUGAUAUACAACGUGCAAAGCUCGCAUCAGUUAGUUAG